AUGUACCAAUAUUAUCUAUCUAUCUAUCUAUCUAUCUAUCUAUAUAUUGCGAAAGAGAAAGAAAAAAUCAAAGGAUCUCUCUUGCCCUUCCCUAGUCUCAAAUCUCCUUCUUCCUCGCUCACAGUCUUUUUCAUGCAUCCUUUUUUUCCUCUCCGACUAACACGUUGCUUCAAGUUCCAAAACAAAAUUGAAUACAUUUUUUUAAAUAUUUCUUGCUUUCUUUUUUAUUUAUUUAUUAAUAAAGAGGAUGUUGCCAUCGUUUUAAACAGUGUAUUCACUCUGGAAAUAUAUGUUUACGGCACAGUGUUGGCAUUGUGUCUCUGUCAACUAUCAACAGUGGGAAAAGAUGGGCGAGGUCCUUUAAUAUAUCUUACAUCCUUCCCUCGUCGACCUUCUCUCUCUCUCUCUCUCCUUCCCCCGUCGACCUUCUCUCUCUCUCUCUCUCCUUCCCUGUCGACCUUCUCUCUCUCUCUCUCCCCCCGUCGACCUUCUCUCUCUCUCUCUCUCCUUCCCCGUCGACCUUCUCUCUCUCUCUCUCCUUCCCCCGUCGACCUUCUCUCUCUCUCUCUCUCCUUCCCCCGUCGACCUUCUCUCUCUCUCUCUCUCCUUCCCCGUCGACCUUCUCUCUCUCUCUCCUUCCCCGUCGACCUUCUCUCUCUCUCUCUCCUUCCCCGUCGACCUUCUCUCUCUCUCUCCUUCCCCGUCGACCUUCUCUCUCUCUCUCCUUCCCCGUCGACCUUCUCUCUCUCUCUCUCUCUCCUUCCCCGUCGAACCUUCUCUCUCUCUCUCUCUCCUUCCCCAAGAGACCUUCUCUCUCUCUCUCUCUCCUUCCCCGUCGACCUUCUCUCUCUCUCUCUCUCCUUCCCCGUCGACCUCUCUCUCUCUCUCUUCCCCUCCUUCCCUCUCUCUCUCUCCUUCCCCCUCUUCUCUCUCUCUCUCUCCUUCCCCGUCGACCUUCUCUCUCUCUCUCUCUCCUUCCCCCGUCGACCCUCUCUCUCUCUCUCUCCUUCCCCCUCUCUCUCUCUCUCCUUCCCCGUCGACCUUCUCUCUCUCUCUCUCUCCUUCCCCGUCGACCUCUCUCUCUCUCUCUCUCCUUCCCCGUCGACCUUCUCUCUCUCUCUCUCCUUCCCCGUCGACCUCUCUCUCUCUCUCUCCUUCCCCGUCGACCUUCUCUCUCUCUCUCUCUCUCUCCUUCCCCGUCGACCUUCUCUCUCUCUCUCUCUCUUCCCCUGUCCCUUCUCUCUCUCUCUCCUUCCCCCGUCGACCUUCUCUCUCUCUCCCCCCGUCGACCUUCUCUCUCUCUCUCCCUUCCCCGUCGACCUCUCUCUCUCUCUCCUCCUUCCCCGUCGACCUUCUCUCUCUCUCUCUCUCCUUCCCCCGUCGACCUUCUCUCUCUCUCUCUCUCUCCUUCCCCCGUCGACCCCUCCCUCCCUCGUCCUCGUCUCUCUCUCACCGUACCUCUCUCUACCCACUCUUUUUUUCCCACCCGCUUCUUUGAUAUUGCUUUUAGUUGUGUAUUUCCUUUUCUUUUUGGUCCAAGUUAAGUUAAUUCAUUUUCUUUCUCUUUUAAAAAUCGAACGACGACAGAAUGGUGUAACUCUUCCGAGCCUGUCUCUCUCUCUCUCACUAAUAAUUAGACUCUUCGAGGCCUGUCUCUCUCUCUCACUAAUAAUUUUGACUCUUCAGGCCUGUCUCUCUCUCUCUCUCUCUCUCUCUCCUAAUAAUUUGACUCUUCGAGCCUGUCUCUCUCUCUCUCCCUCUCUCACUAAUAAUUUGACUCUUCCGAGCCUCCUGUCUCUCUCUCUCUCUCUCUCUCUCUCUCUCUCUCCCUCACUAAUAAUUAGACUCUUCCGAGCCUGUCUCUCUCUCUCUCUCUCACUAAUAAUUAGACUCUUCCGAGCCUGCCUGUCUCUCUCUCUCUCUCUCACUAAUAAUUUUGACUCUUCGAGGCCUCCUGUCUCUCUCUCUCUCUCUCUCUCUCUCUCUCUCUCUCUCUCUCUCUCUCUCUCUCUCACUAAUAAUUUGACUCUUCCGAGCCUGUCUCUCUCUCUCUCUCACACUAAUAAUUUGACUCUUCCGAGCCUCCUGUCUCUCUCUCUCUCUCACACUAAUAAUUUGACUCUUCCAGGCCUGUCUCUCUCUCUCUCUCUCACAAAUAAUUUGACUCUUCCGAGCCUCCUGUCUCUCUCUCUCUCUCUCACUAAUAAUUUGACUCUUCCGAGCCUGUCUCUCUCUCUCUCUCUCACUAAUAAUUUGACUCUUCAGGCCUGUCUCUCUCUCUCUCUCACUAAUAAUUUGACUCUUCGCCCUGUCCUCUCUCUCUCUCUCUCUCUCACUAAUAAUUUGACUCUUCCGAGCCUCCUGUCUCUCUCUCUCUCUCUCUCUCUCACUAAUAAUUUGACUCUUCCGAGCCUCCUGUCUCUCUCUCUCUCUCUCUCACUAAUAAUUAGACUCUUCCAGGCCUCUCUCUCUCUCUCUCUCACUAAUAAUUUGACUCUUCCGGCUCUCUCUCUCUCUCUCACUAAUAAUUUGACUCUUCCAGCCUGCCUCUCUCUCUCACUAAUAAUUAGACUCUUCGGCCUCUCUCUCUCACUAAUAAUUAGACUCUUCGGGCCUCCUGUCUCUCUCUCUCUCACUAAUAAUUUGACUCUUCGAGCCUGUCUCUCUCUCUCUCUCUCUCUCACUAAUAAUUUGACUCUUCGAGCCUCCUGUCUCUCUCUCUCUCUCUCUCUAAUAAUUAGACUCUUCCGAGGCCUGUCUCUCUCUCUCUCUCUCUCACUAAUAAUUAGACUCUUCCGGGCCUACUCUUCCAAGGCCUGUCUCUCUCUCUCUCUCUCUUCUAAUGUCUUUCUCUCUUGGAGCCUCUCUCUCUCACUAAUAAUUAGACUCUUCCGAGGCCUGUCUCUCUCUCUCUCUCUCUCUCUCACUAAUAAUUUGACUCUUCCAGCCUGUCUCUCUCUCUCUCUCUCUCUCUCUCUCACUAAUAAUUUGACUCUUCCGAGCCUCCUGUCUCUCUCUCUCUCUCUCACUAAUAAUUUGACUCUUCGAGCCUGUCUCUCUCUCUCUCUCUCUCUCUCUCUCUCUCUAAUAAUUAGACUCUUCCAGGCCUCUCUCUCUCUCUCUCUCACUAAUAAUUUGACUCUUCGAGCUCUCUCUCUCUCUCUCUCUCACUAA